CACAACUACGAGGCACAUCCCCUAACCAACAAUCCCUCAUACAGAGAGAUUUUCUUUUGCUUACCUUGUUCAGCUACAUGAGAACAAGAUAUAUACAAUAUAUAUGUAUGUCAGAAUUGACCACUCAUGCUGUCUCAUUGCAGGUUGAUCCGAUGUUGCGGCUGGUGCAGGAGAACAUCGUCAUCCCGGUGGGUAUAACUGCAGCCCAUGUUUGAGACGGUAAGUAGCUCAGGUUUGCAAAUCAAUUUUAUUCUAUUUGGAUUGAUGUUUUACACAGCACCCACCACGACUUGAUUCUAAUCUCAAAUAAAAAAUGGUCCUGUGGCUCUGAGGAGAAAAGCGAAAAGUUGACUGCUUGCUGCUACUUGGCUGAAAUGCAAGCUCGCUGCCAGCCGCCCCCCCACUGUAGCAACCCAAGUGCUCCAGCAUUGUGCACAGGCAAUGAUACGCGUGCCAUUUCAGGUGCCACGGGACAAAGGGCUAUACUAUACCUCACGUUUCUCUCACAUUUCCCCCUGGAUCAAUCAGUAAAACGCUCUUGUUAUCUCCCCCACUGAAAACUUUUCAUCCCCAUGAUUUAGUAAAGAUGUUUGAAAGGCUCUGCUUUACCCACAUAGUAUUGAUUAGUUGUCUCUUAUUGAUGGACCGGCUAUUUGAAUUUUAGGGAACUGUCCAAGGUCUAUCAUGUGCCAUAUAAGUUGCUGAUGAUGUCGUUUACGAGAGGAGGAAUUUGCAGCAAUGCUCCUAGAUGAGUGAAAGCCCCCGUUUUGGAGAGAAUCAACUGUCAACUUGGGACCCAGCGGCUCCCCCCAGGCAUUUCUGAGAUAUGGAAGCAAAACCUACCCACAUUCCAACAGUCCCUGUUCUUCUCGGGCUCGUUCUACUCUCCAACCCUUGCACCUCCUUCAGGCCGCAGGUUAUGGAACGAGCGUCUGGCCCUCCGCAGUCGCCUAAUUUCACCGAAUCUGGCAAGCGGGUUUGUGCGGGCCAUGUGGUGUGUAAACCUGGGAUUCUGUUGCCGGUGUGGUUGCCACUCAACCCUCCUCAAGGGGAGAGGGCAGGAAGAGCUAUCAUCUACUUCCUCUGUCUCAUGUACAUUUUCCUUGGAGUGUCCAUCAUUGCAGACCGUUUUAUGGCAUCAAUUGAAGUCAUCACCUCUCAGGUGAAAGAGAUAACCAUUACCAAACCCAACGGAGAGAAAACGGUAACUACCGUGCGAAUCUGGAACGAGACCGUCUCCAACCUCACACUCAUGGCUCUCGGCUCUUCUGCUCCUGAGAUUUUGCUUUCUGUCAUUGAGGUAUGCGGGCACAACUUUCACGCAGGGGAGCUGGGCCCAGGCACCAUCGUCGGAAGCGCCGCCUUCAAUAUGUUUGUGAUCAUCGGCAUAUGCGUGUGGGUGAUCCCCGACGGAGAGUCUCGCAAGAUCAAACACCUGCGGGUGUUUUUUAUUACAUCCUUCUGGAGCAUCUUUGCCUACAUUUGGCUCUACCUCAUACUGGCCGUCAUCUCGCCUGGGAUCGUAGAGGUAUGGGAAGCCGCAGUGACCCUGCUUUACUUCCCGCUGUGUGUGUUAUUGGCUUGGAUCGCUGACCGUCGCUUGCUCUUCUACAAAUAUCUUCACAAACGUUACCGCGCUGACAAAAGACAUGGUAUUGUGGUGGAAAUGGAAGGUGGCCCUGAGAUGAUCAUCGAUGAAAAAAACUCCGAUGGCCCCAGAAGCUCCUCCAGUGUGACAGUGUCUGUACAAACGCCAAGUGAGAUGGACCAGAGCCAAGAUGAGGUGCUUCGUAGACUCAAAGACCUACGGGACAAACACCCUGAGAAAAACCUAGACCAGCUCAUCGAAAUGGCCAACUACUCCACUUUGGUUCGUCAGAAGAAGAGUCGAGCUUUUUACCGUGUCCAGGCCACUCGCUUGUUGAUAGGUGCUGGAAACCUACUGAGGAGACAUGCUUCUCAACAUUCACGCCGUAGCGGACAAGGAGAUGACAAACUUACGUGCUCUCACAUUUGUUUCGAAAGUGCCCAGUAUCAGUGUAUUGAGAACUGUGGUACUCUGAGCCUUUGGGUGAUCCUCGACGGCGGUACAUCUCAGAAUACCUUUUAUGUGGACUACUGUACAGAAAAUGGGUCUGCCAAUGCUGGAACUGAUUAUGACUUUAUUGAAGGAACCUUGAUAUUUAAGCCCGGAGAGACACGGAAAGAAAUCAAGGUAAAAAUUUUGGACGAUGACGUCUUUGAAGAAGACGAACAUUUCUUUGUCCGUCUUCAAAAUUUGAGGUUAGAGGAGGGUGGUGAUGAAGGGACGGGAUGUUCACCCAAGGGCAGACUGGUGGAGCCGCUGGUUGCCACUGUCACUAUCUUGGAUGAUGACCAUGCUGGCAUCUUCACCUUUGGUCAGGGGGUUUUGCGGGUGAGUGAGAGCACAGGCACACUGACGGCGACAGUGGUGAGGAACUCAGGCUCCAGGGGUACCGUUUCUAUACCAUAUCACACAGAGGACGGCAGUGCCAAAGCUGGAGUGGACUACGAGCAGGCCAAGGGUGAGCUGCAGUUUACCAAUGAACAGACCAGCAACACCUUGAAAAUUCACAUUCUAAACGUGGAAGAGUAUGAAAAACGGGAAAAUUUCUUCCUAGUGCUCAAAGAGCCGAAAUGGCUCAAGCGAGGACUCUCUGCAUUACUGCUUAAUCAGGGUCACCCCAGCCCUGAGGAGGAAGAGGCUAGGAGGAUCUCUGAGAUGGGUAAGCCCAUUCUCGGAGAGCACAGCAGGAUGGAGAUCAUCAUAGAAGAAGCCUGUGACUUUAAGAAUACUGUGGAUAAACUCCUUAAAGAUACAAACCUAGCAUCUGUGAUUGGCUCACGUUCAUGGAGGGAGCAGUUCAUGGAAGCUGUCACCGUCAGCGCAGGUGAUAGAGAUGACGAGGGCGAAGAUCAAGCCAUGCCCAACUGCUUUGACUAUUUCAUGCACAUGUUGUGCAUUUUUUGGAAAGUCCUCUUUGCUUUUGUCCCGCCGACUCAGUACUGGAACGGGUGGGCGUGUUUUAUCGUGUCAAUAUCUGUGGUUGGGAUCCUAACAGCCAUUAUUGGAGACCUUGCCUCCCAUUUUGGCUGCACAGUUGGCCUGAGAGACACGGUCACUGCAGUGGUCUUUGUAGCCCUGGGGACUUCACUUCCUGAUACCUUUGCCAGCAAAGUGGCUGCAACCCAGGACCAAUACGCAGACGCAUCAGUGGGAAAUGUAACUGGAAGCAAUGCAGUGAAUGUCUUUUUAGGUAUUGGUGUAGCUUGGUCUGUGGCUGCCAUUUAUUGGCAAGUCAAAGGUCAAGUUUUUCGUGUUGAUGUCGGCUCACUGGCCUUCUCUGUCACGCUUUUUACCAUUUUUGCCUUCUUCGCAAUGGGAGCGUUGAUGAUCCGCCGGAGGCCCUCUAUUGGGGGUGAGCUGGGAGGCCCACGGAUCCCCAAAAUCCUGACAUCAUUCUUUCUUUUUGGACUCUGGUUCCUUUACAUUCUCUUCUCUAGUUUGGAGGCCUACUGCCAUAUAAAAGGCUUCUGAGAAAGCGUCGAUGGGAACGCUCAUUGCACAAGGAUGUACAGUAUUCUUUUGGAAAGAACGGAUUUUUAGAAGACCUAUCACCACCUCUGGCAUGUUAUCAAAUAAAUACGUAGACUUGGACAUGCAAACCUGCAUAUCUAUUGCAGCACGAAUCCAUUGUAUUCAUACUGAGUAUAUUGUGUUAAUUUCAUGGAUGUCAAAAUGAAUUUUAGGCUGGCUUGAUGCUUUAUGACUCAUAAACUGCAUUAGAAAGGAAUUGUUUCCCCUUUACGUUUAUUGGGGCUUUUGAAUGAAAUGGCUCACGUUUUAAAAUAGCUUCAGAAUAAUGGAUUUUAGCACCCCUCUGCUUCUCAAUUUCCUUGAUUUUAUUUUGUCAUGACAUAUCGGUAUUUGGUUGUUGUCAUUUACUACUGUAUAUGAUGGAUUUACCCUGUUUAUGUGCUAUCAAAUUGAUAUUUUUUGUCAUCAACUGUAGUUUAGAAUUGCUACUAAAUUGUAAUCAUUUGCUACUAAAUGUGUUUCUCUAAGCAAUUUGGGCUAUUCUUGGCGACUGCAAAUGACUCCUGUUGGAUUACUAAUAAAUGCAGACAUUUUUACUUCUUUUAAGUCACAUUAUGGCAA